AAUAAAACCCCCAAAUCGAAAAUAACUCCUAUCUGAAAAAAUUAAAACUUAUUUAAACCCAAAGCUUGUUAAUAAACUCAAUACAACCUAUUACAAUGUGAAUACUUUCUAUUAAAGCGAAAAGCGAUAUUUUGCAAAAAUAUAAUCCAUAAAUACAAAACUACAGCAAACAAGACUACAAAUUUCUGGAGCAAACCUAAUCAAGGAAGCUACUCACAAUGCAAUGAAUGGCGUCCGGAUAAUAAGACGAAAACUUGUACCAAGUACCGUGCCGCAAGUUCAAUAAUUAGUUGAAAGGAAAAUUGCGCUAAAACUUAAUUUUUAAUGCAACAAUUAUAAACCGCCAAGACAUUGUCAUUUGCGAGCACAACAAGUAAUAGUUAGCUGGGCAUAAAUAACUUGGAAAAAAAAACAAACAAAAAUGCAGCAUCCAUAAUGAACCACAUCCAUGAAUUGAAUGCAAGUCACUCAAAAAAAUUUGCUAGCAAGCCAAUGGAAAGUCAAGAGUUGAACAUGUCAUCUCAUGGAAGAGUGGAUAAGGAGGAGAAGCAAUCACAAGUCGCUAGUAGUAAAAUACCCUACUCUGUUAUGAACCCCACCAUCGAUCCAAGAGCCAUGGUUGCAUGGCCCUCGGGCCUUGAGGAUUGGACGGAGACAUAUGCUCUACAGGAAGCAACCAACGCAAGUCGUGCAAUUUUGGAAACCUCAGCCCAGGAGGAUGCUGUCAAAGUCAUGCUAAAUGACACCUCUUCAGCCAACAAUGGCACUGGCAACAGCACUAUCUUGCAGGACGAGGAAAAUGAUAUGCUGCGCACCAUCGAAUACAUAGGAGGAGUUUUGUAUUUUUACUAUGUGCCCAUUAUUGUGGGCACUGGCUCCUUGGGAAAUAUCCUUUCUGUAUUCGUAUUUUUUCGCACAAAACUGCGCAAGCUGUCCUCCAGUUUCUACCUGGCUGCAUUGGCAGUGAGCGAUACCUGCUUUCUGUUUGGCCUCUUUGCCCAAUGGCUGAACUUUGUCGAUGUACACAUCUAUAAUCGCGAGUACUUCUGUCAAUUUUUCACCUUUUUCAGCAGCCUGGCCUGCUUUUGCUCCGUGUGGUUUGUGGUGGCCUUUACCGUGGAACGUUUUAUUGCAGUCAUGUAUCCACUGAAACGCCAGACCAUGUGUACAGUGCGUAGGGCCAAAAUGGUGCUCUUGGGUUUGACCCUAUUGGGUUGCCUGCAUUGCGCCCCUUUCUGGAUAUACUCGACACCGGUGUACUCAUCCAAAUUGGAGAUGACCAUAUGUGAUAUUAAAAAUGAAUAUAAGGAUUACAUUACCCUACUGAAUUACUGGGAUACAGUUGUGGUAUUUGCUGUACCCUUCACAACAAUUGCCAUUUUGAAUACAUUUACCGGUUGUACGGUUUGGAAAUUUGCCACGGUCCGAAGGACUUUAACAAUGCAGAAAAUAAAAAGUCACCAUAUUCCAUUGAUGCAUGACAUUACGGUGACAACACCUGCAACAGCAGCAUCAACAUGUGCCGUCGCUGUAAAUACAACAGCUGCCACAAAAACAACAAUUAUAAGUGAUUCAUUGAAUUUGUCUGGCAAUGAGCAGGGGGCUUGCAGUUCAACAGCAAUUACCACAUAUCGGUUGACUAGUACACCAGCAACAACAUCAUCAAUAAAAAGGCAGAAAUCAAAUCAUUGUGGUGCAACAAGUGUGAACGGAGGACACGAACACAGUGACCUUCAUGUUGGACACCAACAUGCUCAUCGGCAUCGCAACACAAUACUGAAGCAACAUCAUCACCACAGCCACACAUCAUACCAUCAACAUCACCACAACCACAGCAGCCAGCAACAGCAUCAUCAACAUUCUUAUUCGCAUCCUCACCACCCUGGCCAUCAUCAGUCAACGAGAAGCACUUCUGGUUGCAGAGCAAAUCCAAUAAAUGGCAUUUGCACGGAUAAUUCUAGGAAAUCGGGAAGACGCAAUGCUGGAAACUCAUCCCAAUUGAAGGUUACUAAAAUGCUCUUGAUUGUCUCCACAGUGUUUGUUUGUCUCAAUUUACCCAGCUGUAUAAUGCGCAUGAUAACAUAUCUGGAGACACAAUCGUCUCACAAUGAAAAAACUACAGUGGUCCUGCAGUAUAUUUUCCAUCUGUUAUUUAUCACAAACUUUGGUAUAAAUUUCGUAUUAUACUGCGUAAGCGGUCAAAACUUUCGAAAUGCAGUGCUGAGCAUGUUUCGACGAGUGUCCAAUACCCAAAGGGAUGUGACCACACAAAUCACAGUAUCCGAAUACUAUCGCAACAGUGCUGGCGGAUGUCCAGGCCCAAGUGGUCUGAAUUCUGGCAUGGUAAUCACUAAGGCCACAAUAGCAACAAAUGUAGAUGGAGAUGGUGUUGAAAGCGGCAGUGAUGAUGUCCUAUGCAGUGGUAGUGGAUGCAGAAGUUCUUCAACACGUCGUCGCAUGAUGGCCCAGAACAACUUCAAUGAAGUCCAUGAGCUACAAAAUUUGAAUUAAAUUGCAACAAAAAGAAGAUACGAAGAGUGAGCGAUACGAGGCAUUAAAUGCCAGACAGGUUUCUAUUGAUUGUUGUCUUUUACUCACCUACUUCUAAGCAAAUAGUAUUUAAGUUUUAAUUGUUGUAUGUUGUGUGUGUGUGAGCUAACCAAGUGUAAUUUAAGUUAAUAUGAAAGUGUUGCAAAAUUUAUCAAAAUAAAAAAGUACAAAUACCUAAGGAUAUAUACAAACAGAAGCGGAGAGCGCUAAAACAAAUCAAAUUCUAAUUUUGGAAUUUCUUACAAAAAGCUAAAAGUUUUAAGAACAUUUGUAUUGUAUAAAAUAAACCAGAGACAACAUUGAAAUAACAGCAAGUGUAACAAAAAACCAAAACUUGAUUUAUUGAUCUUUUGCAUUCAAUGUUAAAAUGUCCUCAAAGUAUCCAUCCAUAAUGCCUCAAUCGAUAUAAGCCGUUUCAUUAAUACAAAUUGAGAAA